UAGCGCUGACGUUGUCCAAAGGAAGAAAAUGGCGACGGACGGAUCAGCAGCAAGGGAUACGAACUGUAUGGCAGGACCAAAGCGUGGAAGACGGGUCACUAGCAUGUCCCUGAGACUACCUGGCACACUCCUGAGCUAUGCUGUGUUCGUUUUAUCCGCGGGUUUGGCGGCGCAGGUGGUCUCGGGGGACGGGAAGACUCUAGUCCUGCUGGACAACCCAAACAUCAGAGACACUCAUUCAGUCUUCUUCCGAGCUUUAGCGGAUCGCGGAUUCGACCUCACUUUUAAGACUGCCGACGAUCCCGGUCUUUCACUCAUCAAAUAUGGCCAGUUCCUGUACGACCAUCUCAUCAUUUUCUCCCCGUCAGUGGAAGAUUUUGGAGGCAACAUUAACGUAGAGACCAUCACAGCGUUUAUUGAUGGUGGGGGCAACGUUCUGGUUGCAGCCAGCUCAGAUAUUGGUGACCCACUACGGGAGUUGGGUAGUGAGUGUGGUAUUGAGUUUGAUGAGGAAAAGACUGCUGUAAUAGACCACCAUAACUAUGAUGUGUCUGAUCCUGGUGAGCACACCCUGAUUGUUGCAGAUCCAGAAAAUCUACUUAAAGCUCCUACCAUUGUUGGCAAGCCCACUGAAAAGCCUAUUCUCUUCAAAGGUGUUGGCAUGGUGGCAGAUCCUGAUAACCCUCUGGUUCUGGACAUUCUGACUGGCUCCUCCACGUCCUACUCCUACUUUCCUGAUCAUCCUAUUACACAAUACCCUCAUGCAGUUGGAAAGAACACCCUCCUGAUCGCUGGUCUCCAGGCGAGAAACAAUGCCCGUGUGGUCUUCAGUGGUUCAUUACAUUUCUUCAGUGAUGCUUUCUUCAAUUCUGCAGUGCAGAAAGCCACCCCAGGAUCAGAAAGGUAUCCAAAGCCUGGAAACCAGGAGCUGGCUGAGGCCCUGUCUCGCUGGGUGUUUAAGGAGGCGGGUGUACUUAGGGUUGGGGCUGUGACCCAUCAUCCAGUGGGGGAGAACACACCACCUGCUGCUUAUACUGUCACUGACCUAGUGGAAUACAGCAUUGUUAUUGAGAUGCUCUCAGAAGGCCGCUGGGUGCCAUUUGAUGGAGAUGACAUUCAGCUGGAAUUUGUCAGAAUUGACCCUUUUGUCAGGACCUAUCUAAAAAAAAAUGGUGGCAAAUACAGUGUACAAUUUAAGCUCCCUGACGUGUAUGGAGUGUUUCAGUUCAAAGUUGAUUACAACAGACUGGGCUACACACACCUUUACUCUUCCACACAAGUGUCCGUGCGCCCACUACAGCAUACCCAAUAUGAGCGCUUUAUUCCCUCUGCUUAUCCGUACUAUGCCAGUGUGUUCUCCAUGAUGGCUGGGCUGUUUAUCUUCGGUUUUGUCUUCCUCCACAUGAAGGAGAAAGAGAAGGCAGAUUAAGUGAUGGACGAGAGAGGAAGGAUGUUGUUCGAAGAUGAUAUGACAUUGGGUUGAUCAGUCGUCUUGCGCGCAUCAGUGCAUGAGAUCUAAACACUGCUGGUGUAGGGUCAUUCUCAGAUAAAUCAUAUGUGCCACUACAAUUUUUAUGCUGAGGUUAACCUGGGAUUAAAAAAAAACUGUUUGUAUGUGUUCAGUUUCUCCUUUAUAAAAGGCUGACUUGUAACUGGGUUAUUUAAGUAAAUUGAGAGGUCCGGAUAUGUAAACUUCACUUUUGGUGUGAUUUAGAUCCUAUGAAAGAAAAUGCACUGAUUCUCUCCCCCCCCCCCCCCCCCCUUUUUUUUUUUUUUUUUUUCUCAUGGAGCUUGAAUUUAUAAAGAAAUGGAUUGAAAUUCUGUAAAGAAAACACCGUCAUUCAUUAAAAUGUCCACAUUCCACCCCCCCUA